ACACCAAAAUAUAACAAACGUAGUAUAAAAAUAAAAUAUUUAAAUUUACCGCCUUAACCUCAGCGUACGUGAAAUGUUUUCAUUUUCGUCUUUCGAUUUUACAAUGGCGGAUGCUCUUGUCAUGACGUGUUUUAUAAUUUUAUGUCUGAAUACGUGAAUCUUAUGCGAUUGAUGUAUUUUCUUUAUAACGAUUGAACCGGGAGAGGGUUCGGCGGGCGGAGCGGAAGAAAGCAAUGGCAGAGAAUAGAAGCUCGGACAACGUCGUGAUGCCGGACAUUACCGAAGUAUCCGAUGCCGACCCACUGGCGGCGGGGGCCGAGCACGAAACCGACCGGUCUGAUGGCGGGCAAGUUUUGGCGAGAGGGGUCAAAACCCCUAGGCUAUCCAGCGAUUCAAAUGGAGUGGUCACCGUCCCUGUAUCGUUACCCGUUGGUACUCUUAUCACAGGGACUACGUUUAACGUGAUUACGUCGGACCAGUUACCACAUUUUAAGCCCAUGUUGUGUGUUGAUAAUGGUUUUAUAUCCGGUGGGCCUGUGAGUGAAGAUAUAAAACCUACGCAUAUUGUGAUACAGAAUCCUUCGUCGCCCGCAAGGUCAGCGCAUGAAGACGCCGGCGCAUCAUCUGCGCCUGCCGCCCAACGUGCUGCUAACGCUCGUUCAUGGACUGAGACUGCUAACAUGCCUAUUCUCCCUGUGCGUUGUAAGAAUAUAUCAGCAGAGCUUCACAAACAGAGAUUUGGCUCUGGAGGUAGAGGGAGAUGUAUUAAAUAUGGGAUGGAUUGGUACACUCCAAGUGAAUUCGAAGCUUUGUGUGGUAGAGCUUCGAGUAAAGACUGGAAAAGAUCUAUUAGAUUUGGUGGAAGAAGUAUUCAGGCCCUUAUAGAUGAAGGUAUACUGACUCCUCAUGCUACAAGUUGUACAUGUGGGGCAUGCUGUGAUGAUCAAUCAGCAAUGGGCCCUAUCAGAUUGUUCACACCAGUCAAAAGAAAACGGAAGGCGCACCAAGACAGCGAAGAGAAGAAGCCCAAAGUGAAGCAAGAGGGUACUAUUGGUGAAAGUGAAGUGGAUAAUAUCCACCAAACCAGUAAUAACAGUCAUUCUAAAGAAGCAUGGCAGACUAUAGCAGAAGGCCUAGAAACAAAUGCAGACUACCAACUUUUGGAUAAUACUGAUGUUACUGUUGAUCAGUCAGGAGGUUCGUAUCCCCUAUAAUUUCAAUCUUGUUACAUUAUCAUGACCUUAAUAUUUAUUUUAAUUCAAUAUAUUCAUAUUUAUUAUGAAUUAUAUCUGACGUACUGAUGCCAAACUAAUGCCAGUUAACUGGAAU